AUGCUGCUGCCCGUCUUGCUAUGCGUCGCCACUUACCGACCACUGAGCGUGCACACUUUAGCCAGGACCACUUCCUCUCAGUUUGCCCCACCACACUCACCGUUGACCAAGUGCCUCCUAGCAGCAGAGAAGAGCAUAAUCGCUGUAGGAGCCUCUCGUGGUGACCCUCGCACCCCCGUCUCUGAGGGGUGUUCCCCCUCUCCCCUCUUGCCCUCUGUUGCUUCUGCUGCUGCGGCCGACCUCGUUGGUUUCUACGGGGUCGGCGCUGCGUCUGCCCCUAGCGGGAGACGCCGCACCGGAAGGGCAAGGGGGGCAAGGGAGCUGGAGGGGCUAGCGGGGGCGGUGGAGGUGGUGGUGGAGGUAGUGGAGGGGGUGGCGGUGGUGGUGGGAGUGGUGGCGGGGGUGGCCGCGGUGGUGGCAGCAAUGGAGGCGGAGGAGGCGGCGGUGGUGGCAGAGGGAACGGAGGCGGCGGAGGUGGCGGAGGCGGUGGAGGUGGCGGAGGCGGCGGCGGCGGCGGCGGCGAUGGAGCUGGUCGCGACUCUGCGCAGAGGAGUGGGUUCAUUGGUGGUCCAGCGCCAGCAGCAGCAGCAGAGUCGUGAGACCUUGUCCCCUCAGCAGCUUCGUGAGUGGGCGGGGGUUGCCAUCUUUGAUCUUGAAUAUGAUGCUAUCCUUACUGCCAUGUAUGCUGUGUCUACUAGUGCUGAGGGUGACUGUUACCUGUGUGUACCGCCUGACCCGGGCAUUGAGGCUACUGCUCUAGGUGUUGGUGAGGCUGCUGCUCUAGGUGCUAGUGCGCCUGCUGCCCAAGGUGCUAGUGCGUCUGCUGCCCCAGGUGCUGGUGAGUCUCCUCUCUCAGGUACUACGUCGGCUCAGGCCUUACACACCUUCACCCUUGACUCGGGUGCUUCCCGCUCCUUCUUUCGAGACCGCACCACGCAUACGCCGCUUAGUCGGCCGGUUGUAGUCUCCCUGGCGGACCCCUCUGGGGGUCCUGUCCUUGCUAGCUUCUCCACUGUCUUACCGUGCCCAGCACCCCCCUCUGGCACCCUGUCAGGUCUCUACCUCCCCUCGUUCUCUACGAACUUGGUGAGUGGAGCGGACCUACAGGAUAGGGGGGCUGACCAGUUCACUCCUGCGAGUCAGCGGGUGACCCACUUCACGUGUGCUCGGACAGGCCGACACUUGGCCACGUUCACCCAUCGGCCAAGGUCGAGCCUGUACACCCUUAGCACUGAGUCUCCUCCGCCUGCUGAGUCUGGCCAGGUAGCUGCGUCGAGUCAGGUGUUUGCUGCAGCGUCCAGGUCUGGUCCUGAGUCUGCUCCCUGCUUUUGUCGUCUCCUGUCCUACCAGACUCUUCUUUGGUACCACCGUCUUGGUCACCUCUCCCUGCCUCGUCUCCGAGGCAUGGCCUCCCGUGUCCUUGUCUCUGGUCUCCCCGGUCUCUUCCUCCCCUACAUCUGGGGCCUGCCCCUACCUGCGUCCCCUGUGUCAAGGGGCGACAGCGCGCCGCCCCUCACUCCUCCAAGUUUCCUCCAAAAGAGGCUCCGCUGCAGACUCUCUACGUGGACGUGUGGGGCCCCGCCCGCGUCCGUGGACUGGGGCACGAGCGUUACUUCUGUUGGUGGUUGA